ACUGAGCUACUUCUACGUGUGACAAGAAUGGUGCGUGCGUACAAAGUAAAAGGGGAGAAGAGAAAAAAGAAAGGAGAGAAUUAUGAUAAAGAAGAAGAAAUUGAGGUACCUUUGGAAGAGGAGGAAUCAACGAAAAGAGUGAAGACAGAACACACUGUGGCAGACACGGAGGCAGCUGAAAGAGUUGUAGAUUUACUAUCUGGCAUUCCUGUUGUUGCAGCUGAUCAAACCAAUAAAGCUGGUGUAAUUUUCAUCAUUGAAAGAGCUUCUCUUGAAAUUGCUAAAAUUGGAAAGACGUACCAACUUCUGAAUUCUGAUGAACACUCUAACUUUCUGAAGAAGAAUGGUCGGAACCCUUCUGAUUAUCGGCCUGAUAUUGCGCAUCAGGCAAUGCUUUCAAUUUUAGAUAGCCGAGUAAAUAAAGCUGGGCGACUGAAAGCUUUGUAUGUGAGGACUGAGAAAGGUGUCCUUUUUGAAGUAAAACCUCAUGUUCGUAUCCCUAGGACAUUUAAGAGAUUUGCUGGCAUCAUGUUGCAGCUGCUACAAAAGCUGAGCAUAACUGCUGUUGGUAAGCGAGAGAAACUGUUGCGUGUUAUAAAAAACCCUGUUACACAGUACCUACCCAUCGACUGUCGGAAGAUAGGCUUCUCUCAUAGUUCUGAGAAGCUGGUGGAUAUUCAGGACUAUGUUAAUGGCGUCAACAAUGACACGAACCUUGUUUUUGUGGUUGGGGCUAUGGCCCAUGGGAAAAUUGAUAAAGAUUAUGUUGAAGAUUAUUUGUCGAUUUCAGAUUAUCCGUUGAGUGCUGCAUACUGCAUAUCAAUGAUCACGAAUGCCAUGGAGCGCAAAUGGAAGAUUUUGUAGACUGACCUUACCUAUAUUCUCCGAAGACAUACUUUCUAGAAUGUUGUCCUUGCUAGUUUUCUUUCUAUAGGCCAUUCUGGUUGGUUAAGUUGUGUAAAAUAUUUUUAAAAGGGCGAAUGGCCCUCUUCUACAUUUUGGAGUGCCCUUUUUGCUUGUUCACAAUGAAUCUGAAACAAUUUUGAGCCUGUGACUGACUUAUUCAUAGAAAUUUCAGUUUAAAAAAUUUUGAUUAUUGAAA